AUGGUCACUGACUCCUCUCCUCCUUCAGGGACCCAGUCCUGUCCGCCUCCGGAGUUGCCGCAACUCGUCGCCGAGCAGCAUGUGCCCAUCGCCGCCCAUGACAAAGAGACCCAGCGUUUGAUCGUCGUUCUCUCCCAUGCCAGUCUGGAAACCUACCGCGCCUCGGGCGGUCGCAAUGGCGCCGGUCGCGACGAGAAGUACUCGCUGCUCAACAGCGACGAGCAUAUCGGUGUCAUGCGGAAGAUGAACCGCGACAUUAGCGAAGCUCGUCCGGACAUCACCCACCAGUGUCUCCUCACCCUCCUCGACUCCCCCAUCAACAAGGCCGGUAAACUCCAGAUCUACAUCCAUACCGCCAAGGGCGUCCUCAUCGAGGUCAACCCCAGCGUUCGCAUUCCCCGUACCUUUAAGCGAUUCGCCGGGUUGAUGGUCCAGCUCCUCCAUCGUCUCUCCAUCCGCUCGACCAACUCACAGGAAAAGCUCCUCAAAGUCAUCAAGAACCCCAUCACCGACCAUCUGCCCCCGAACUGCCGCAAGGUCACCCUCAGUUACGAGGCCCCGGUGGUGCGUACCCGCGACUACAUCGAGUCUCUGAACCCCAACGAAAGCAUCUGUAUCUUCGUCGGCGCCAUGGCCAAGGGACACGACGAUUUCGCCGACUCCUUCAAGGACGACACCAUCAGUAUCAGCAACUACAGCCUGAGCGCGAGUGUGGCAUGCAGCAAGUUCUGCCAUGCCGCCGAGGAAGUGUGGGAUAUCGUCUGA